CUAGUUAGUUCGGAGAUAAGAUGUGGCAGUAAGCGACGGUUCAAACGGAUUAGUUUUCUUUCAUAAGAAAAUGAAAAAUAAAUAUCCGAAAUAAAGAGUUCUACAAGUAAUCGAAAUUGAAGGUGAAAUCGUUGGUUUUAUUGUAGUACUUAGCUAGAGGCGCUCAGUCAAGCAUAUGCGCUAAGAUGCGAUUGAAUACGCCAAUGUAAAUAUUCGCACGCAACAAUUGGUCAACUUAGAUCAUAUACUCCUCAACGUAUCGACUAUCUUUCGAUUUCCACUGAUUCUGAGGACUCACUUAAAGUUCUAACUUCUAAAGAUACUCAAAUAAACGAAUUCUUUUAAAUAUCGAGCGCUAUUUAGAAUUUGCUGAAUCGCAAACAACUCAAGAGUAAGGUUUCAUCGAUAACCACUUGGCUUUUAUAUUUGCAAAUCAAUCUGGGACCAAUGAAACAUUGUCAACUGAUUUUGCGUGAUGUCCCCGAAAACACAGAGUUAGGGAUUGAUCUGAAGUUUUGGAAGGUUGGCAAGCACUUUAAAGGCAUCAAAGAUAUACCUCUGGGAAUACACUUUGUCUACUAUAGUGCUGUAAAUUCAGAUUGUAUGUCAGGGCAACGUGUUGGAUUCGUAGCGAAUUUCUCUCAACCUGGUUUUAUUGUUAAGAAGUGGCAAAAAGAAGAAGAGGAUUUCAUAGAUAUUAAUUUAACUGAUGACGAAAUAGAACGUAUUAUUUCGAAUUUCGAUGAAAUUUCUAUGUAUCUGGGGCAGUAUCCUGCAGAGUCACACAGAGAUUGGAUUUCGUUGUCUAAUUUUAUAACAACAUGUACAUUAACUCGUCUUGUUCCCUAUUGUGGUCGUCUAUAUUCCUGUCCACACUUCUUAUCUAAACCCUCGAAUACCCAAGAACGCCUGGCUCUUAAAACAUCCCAUACGACUGACUGUUCAAAUAAAAAUUCAGAAGACCUCUUACCGAAUUUAUCUAUUAUUCCUGGUACAGAGGUACGUUUUACUUCAAUUCCAACAAAACCACUUUAUCCACCACUUUCAUCUCCAUCGGAAAUCACUGCACAUUGUAUGGAUCAAACAUAUACCCUCUGUACUACUAUAGACGUAAUCUUCUCGAGCAUCACAUCUGAAAAGGCCAGUGGCCUAAGUAAGGAACUGGAAUCUACUCGGGAACUGCUCGGUGAAUUUCAGUUUGCUUUUCUCAAUUUAUUACUAAAUCAUUCAAUAGAAGGCUGGGAACAGUGGCGUCGUAUAUUCCAAUUACUUGCUAGUUGUGAGAAAGCGAUUGUUGAUUAUCCUAAUUUGUAUAUUGACUUCAUUACAGUUAUUUAUCACCAGUUAAAUAAUGCAAAUAGAUCAGAGGUGUCAUGUAGCGAUUCAGCUGUGGAGUUACUGGAUAUUUUCUUUUCGGAAUCAUCUAGCUCAAUUACCCAGUGCAAGUUAACCGAACCUGGCUUCCUACCAACUAUGAUUGGGCGUCUUUUGAAGAAUAUUUAUUCUGUUUGUACUUCUGAUAUAACUAACAAAACAUGUCCCAGUGAAACUAGUAAUAUUCUGAAUGAUCUCUUCAAACGUGCAGAUGGCUUUGCUCAUAGCAUAAAACAUCGAUUCAAAUGGGAUGUGAUCACUUCAUAUCAGUUAUUACAAAGGUGUACUCCAAAUAUAACUGAAAUUCCUAUUGAAGAAUUUGACUGGGACGGGGAUGAAGCACCUGUCAUUGUACAGCUGUAAACAAGUCUGAAAUAAAAAUUAUUUUUAAUUUUUUAAUCAGACUUUAUCGAUAUUUUGUCUGUGUCGAUUGCUGCGUAUUUAGUCUGUUGUAAUAUUUUAAGACAUUUUUUUAUUAUCCUCGUUGCUCGCAUGUUUGCUUCACUUCAGAACAUUCUAGUUAAAAUCAGCGUAUUUUCAAUGAUUAUUGAGUGCGGAUUUGGUAUGCCAAACAGAGAUUUGUAAUUCCAAAGCAAAUAAAGCUACCUCAAUUAUCGCUUUAU